AAGAGUUGCUUUACAUGUCAAGGCAGCAGGAUGUAGUUGGGGCCAUUGCAGCACAUUUGCACAACCACGUUUAUCACCUAGCCAACCAAAGCGAUCUGACAUUCUGGCGUUACUGCAAACGUGUGUUGUGGCCAGUUCGCGUGCCGUCAAACGUUCGCUGGUUUGGACCCCCAUGAGGUUUGUUUGCGAAUGUAUCUAGCCAACCCCAAUUCCUUCAGAAGAAAUGGCCAUAUCGGAAAAUACAUGAGAAUGAGUUAAUUACGUUGAUGCAUUCAUGUUCCAUAUGUAUUUACUGUCAAUCACUCUUAUAUGCUCAUUAUUACAGCAGGAUAGUGGAACACUGCUUUUGAUGCCCCAAAGGUCAGCAUGGGUAUGAAAAUACGCGUAAGCGGCACUGUUUUUUAUGUCCUACUGGACGUUGUGGUCACUACGAUCUUAUAUGCACAUGGAUCACAGUUGAACAUAUUUAUGAAGGAGGCUCUGAACUUUAGCAUUCUGCAGUCCGCACUGGACAUCUGGGGGACUGUUCUGCUUCGAGCUCCUCUCCUUCUGGGUGCCUCCGUUGGAGUUUUAUGGAACAAAGAGGAUGGCCCACAUAGGGUGACUAAACUCACCACCCUCAUUCUUUUAGUCUGCCAGACCAUUAUAACAUAUACUUUGGCCAAGCUGCUGAUGCUUAGUGAACUUGAGCGUCUAUCUGAUUGCCCCUGGUCCCUGUGUCUGAUGUUCUGGACGUGUGUCUCCUCGCUGGGAGUUGUGCUUUUGUGGUGGAUUCUGGGAAAGAAAUCUAACUCGGAGACAAGUAGCAAUACCGAUGAAGACACCGAAGAGUUGCUUCAGGCAGAUGAAGAAGAAGAGGAGGAGGUGGGCAGUGAGAAGGAGGAGAGUUGUGCAAUAAAGACAAAACCGGAGCAGAGCAGCACAGGAGCGACGCUGGGACGUCUCCUCAGCUACACGAAAAAAGAUGGCGGACUGUUAACUGUAGCCGUCCUUUUCCUUCUCAUCUCUGCUGUGUGUGAAGCCUUCAUACCUUAUUACUAUGGGAAGGCAAUAGAUAGCAUCGUGGUUCACCACAGCAUGGAAUACUUUGCUGAACCUGCUAUCACACUGACAGUCCUGGCCUUUGCCAGUUCAAUUGCAGUUGGAGUACGAGGAGGAGUGUUCACACUUACAUUUGCACGAUUGAACCUUCGGCUCAGAAACCACCUGUUUAGAGCUCUGACAAGGCAGGAAAUUGGCUUUUUUGAUGAGAACCAUACAGGUGACAUCACCUCACGGCUGUCAGCUGACACCACCCAAGUGAGUGACCUUAUCUCCCAGAACGUCAACAUGCUCUUGAGGAGCACCAUCAAGGGCAUUGGCUUUCUCAUUUUCAUGUUUGGGAUGUCCUGGAAGUUAACAUUGGUGAACAUGAUGGGGCUUCCUUUUGUUGCCUUUCUUUCGGAGUAUUAUGGAAACUACUACAAGAAACUGACUAAAGAGGUGCAGACGAGUCUUGCAAAGGCUAACAAAGUUGCAGAAGAAACCAUUUCGGCCAUGAGGACGGUACGAAGCUUUGCCAAUGAGCGUCAGGAGGCUGACUCCUACUACGCCAAGCUCACAACCAUGUACCAUCUCAACAAAAAACAAGCCUUGGCAUAUGCUUGUUAUAUGUGGUCCACCUGUAUCUCAGAGCUCGCUCUAGAGGUUACCGUCCUCUCCUACGGUGGUCACCUUGUGGUUACUGGUCAAAUGGAAAGCAGCGAGUUGAUAUCAUUUUUCAUAUACAUGCUUGAAAUGGGAGAAUGUUUGGCGAGCAUUGCAUCAGUUUACUCGGGCCUCAUGCAGGGAGUUGGAGCUGCUGAGAAGGUUUUUGAGUACUUGGAUAGGAAACCCAAACACCCGGAUGAUGGUGCAGAGACUCUGGACACAUGCACUGGUUUGGUGGAAUUUCAAGACGUUGUAUUUGCCUACCCUACACGGCCAGAGACUGAAAUCCUCAAGGGAGUGUCAUUCACUAUAAGGCCAGGAGAGGUGACAGCGCUGGUGGGACCUUCAGGCAGUGGAAAGAGCUCUUGUGUGAACCUACUGGAAAACUUCUACCUUCCGCAGCAAGGUCAAGUGCUGCUGGAUGGAAAACCUGUUCAUACCUUCAAGCAUGAAGACCUUCACUCUAAGGUGGCUCUUGUGGGCCAAGAACCGGUGCUUUUUGCCCGGACGGUUGAGGAGAACAUCACUUACGGUCUGACCGAUGUCCCCAUGGAGGCCGUUGUCCAGGCAGCCACAAAGGCAAACGCUCAUGAUUUCAUCACUGACCUGCCCCAAGGCUAUCAGACAAGUGUUGGAGAGAAGGGCACACAGUUGUCAGGUGGACAGAAACAAAGGGUGGCCAUCGCAAGAGCUCUUGUCCGACACCCUCGUGUUCUUAUCCUGGAUGAGGCGACCAGUGCCUUGGAUGCAGAGAGUGAACACAUUGUCCAGCAAGCUCUCAACAACAUCAUGAGGGACCACACCGUGUUAGUGAUUGCGCAUCGGCUGAGCACCGUGGAGAAGGCAGACAGUAUCAUCGUGAUUGAUAAAGGCCAUGUGGCUGAACAGGGCUCCCACAGUCAGCUGAUGGCCAGUGGGGGACUGUACUACAAACUUGUGCAGCGACAGGUUCUGGGUAUGGAGACAGGGGAGGACAUACCGGCAGUUAUGCUUUCCACAGUAUCACCCAACCAGAAAAUGAAAUGAAAAGGAAACAUGAAUGUAAUUCACCCAGCAUAUCACAACACAGUGACAACAUGCUAUGCAGUGCUUCCCACAGGACUGCAAUCUAUUUAUGGUCGGGGGAAUUAUGGGGUUCUGGCACAUAACUGGACAUGACACAUGUGCAUAUCAUUUGUGUGGAUGUUGUUGCUGAAAAAAAGUGAAAGUAAAAGUGUUACUCAUAAGCUUUUUUUAAACUAAAUUAAGCAUUUUCAAGCAUAAAAUGAACUAUAACACAAAUAUAAGCCAUUCAAAAGACUCAUUCAAUAAUGCCGUGAAUGACAUGUAGUACUCUACACUGGUCACUAGGUGUCAGUAAUGUCACUGAAAUGUUGGGUGAGACACACAAGCACCAGACUUGAUCACCGGAACACCAGGCUUUUAUUGCAUUAUUUAAGAUGCAUAUUUCUAUGUGGCACAUAAUGUCCAAAGUGUGAAACUGUGGACUAAUACAAUCAGUGAAAUUAUAGACUGGGAUUGUUCCGCACAUCACACAUGAAUGCAACAUGAAUGGAACAUAUUCGAUUAAAAGUAUUAAAGGCAUAUUUGCCCUAUUGGCUGGACGGGGCAGGUUUAAUAAAAAAAAGUAUUAGGAAAACGCCUUACUCCUCCCCUAGAAGGCAAAACUUGGCAAUAAUUCCACACCGUGGACAUACUGAACUAGCAACCCUUUUGCUGUGUGGAGCACAAUGUCAUCCAUCCAUCCAUCCAUCUUCUUCUGCUCAUCCAAGGUUGGGUCGCAAAGGGCAGCAUCAUAAAAUGAAAAGUCCAGAGCUUCCUGCUCUCCAGCUGCUUCGUCCAGCCCCUCCCCGUGGGUCUCGAGGUGUUCCCAGGCCAGCUGAGAAACAUAGUGUCUCCAAUGUGUCCUGGAUCUCCCCGAGGCCUCUAACGGUUGGACAUGUCCUGAACACCACCUCAGAGGUGUCCGAGAGGCAUCCUAACCUAACGUGGAGGAGCAGCAGCUCUACUCCGGGUUUCUGUCUGAUGACAGUGCUCCUCACCGUAUCUCUAAGGGAGAGCCCAGACACCCCACGGAAGAAACUUAUUUGGGCCGCCUGUACCUUGUUCUUUUGGUCACAACCCAAAGCUCAUGACCAUAGGUGAGGGUAGGAACAUAGAUAACCUGUAAAUUGAGAGCUUUGCCUUUCGUCUCAGCUCCCUCUUUACAGAGUCCACACCAAUCCGCCUGUCGAUCUUGUGAUCCAUCCCUCCCUCAAGAUCCCCAAGGUAUUUGAACUCCUCCACUUGGGGCAGGAUCUCAUCCCUGACCCAGAAGAGAAUGAAUCAGGAUAGAGCUAUGGACUCGGACCUGGAAGUACUGAUUCUCAUCCCGGCUGUUUCACACGCAGCUGUGUGGUUAGGAGGGUUUAUAAUAGGAGUCUCACACUCAACUUAGUACUCAGCCCAUCCAGAAAGCCAACCAUCAAGUCUGAUGAAGGACUGGGCAGAGAAAGCAGCAGUGGCAGUGAGAAAGAGUAUGAUGUUUGUUACUGAAAAGAACCUGUGUGGAAAUGUGAUUGCACUCAUUGUGGGCUACAUUCUAACUCUUGGAGAUAUUUUGUAAAGAUGUCCGGCAACUGGGAGUCUGUUUUCACUAAAAUUAUUGCACAUGUACAAAAUGAAGACAUGGACGGGUAAUGAUUUUCUCUGGAAUAAAACUUGAAUGUUUGAUUAAAAAAUGAACAGCUGAUAUGCAUUAUCAGUUAUUUAAAUGUAAUUGGUGCUGGGGGAAUUCUGGUCUCUUAUUUUACCAAAUUUCAAAAAUAAAGUCAAAGAUUUUCCGCUGUGAUAUUUCAUUAAAUCGGGAUCAUUGAGAU